AAAUGUUUAAACAUUAAUUUUCCCGAAGCGCAUAAAAACCCUCUAGCGCCUGCGCAUAGGGUCCCCAUAGACGCUGGCUUCCCCAAGCAUCCGCCGGCGGUGCUAGUGUCUCGUCCAUGCGAGGGCUUUCGGAUAAAACGCUGGUCGUGUGCGUUCCUCGUGGCAGUUUGUGUUAGUCUCUAAGGGCAAUCGGUACCCACUACGUACACGCUCAACUCCCAGCCGGUUGUAUAACGUACAUAUGUAUUAGUGUAACUGAAUUGCAAAGUUGUGUUGGUUUCGGGCAAGUGCCCGUGGGCCACCGUAGUGAGCUGUUCUGUGGUGCGCGCCGUGGCUUGUGCGCCGGAUGAUAAACGGAGAGGAUUUUUCAUCUAUUUUUUUUUGUAUCCGCGGCACAAUUAACACUAAUAACAGUUACAGUAAAUAACAAUUUACUACGGGAAUUGUGAAUAUAGAUUUUAUAACAAAAUGUUUGUCACAGCGAUAUUCAACUAUUUCACACAUGUUUGGAUACAUUGAAAUUCAUUGAGGCGGCUCUGUGUGUGUUUUUUUUUUAUUAAGCAUAAAACUCUCGUCGCUCUUGUGUGACAUUGUGUUGGGCUUUUAUUGCAACAGUGUAAGUGCGCGGUGAACACACGCGUGUUUUUUUUUUGGUUUUCAUCGGGAAUAAGGAGGCUGAUUGGUAAAGAAACAAAAUUGCGGACAAUUUCUAUUCCCGCAAAUCACGUGCAUCAUGGAGAUAUCAAAGGGUCUGCAGGAGGAAAUUAUUUUGGUGCAGAAUAAACUGAAAAAUGCCAUUCGUGAUCACCAGAUAUGCGUCGGAAGACUCAAGGACGAGCCAAACAAUUCCGACAUACUGGGGAAAAUUCAGGAGAUUCAACUGCACAUCGUGUCCCUCGGGCGGUGCCAGAAGCAGAUUGUUGAACGCUUGCGCAAGGAAGUUGAGGUCUACAGGGCGGAGAAUGCGAAUGGUGGUAAAGUUUCACUAGCAGCUUUACUUGGGUUAAACAAUAACAAUCAUAUAACAACGUACAACGAUAAGAAGGAUGAGGUCAAGGUGCAGGCCAAUGGUAUUGAUGUUAGACGAUCAUCGAGGGAUAAUUAUGACGAUUUUGGAAGGAAUGGUGGUGUUUCCGGUCGAAGGAAUUUAUGUGCCAAAGAGCGUUCGAGCUCUGUUGAGACUCUGUCAGCGGACGAAGACGUUAUCGAAGUCUCAAACGAUGAAAAUUCAACGGAGAGACAGUCUGAAACCUCGGAGAUUGAGGCCUCCGUGAUGGAGGACGACCAAUCAAACGUGAAACAGGUAAACUUCCUGAGUAAUCUUGGGCUCAUCACGACCGGCCAACUCUGCGAAUUGCAGAACAAGAAAACUGAGAGGAAACGAAGGAGCACUGCCAAUCCACAGUUUGUGUACCCAAACUGGGAUCUACCAUCGAAACGAAAAAGGCACGCGUACCUCCAGUCUGUCGGGACAGCUCCACAAACAAGACAGACAACAGCACGACUUAAUGGUCCAUCACCUCCACCAGUGAAAGCACCACCAAAAUCAACAUCUCCACCGACCAAAACCAUCUCAAAGAACUCGAUUCCCCAGCAAAAAUCAGCAGUCCGGCCAAAUAUCUUGAGGACUAUGCAGGAGACACGAGCAUCCCAGAAUCGAUCGAAACUCGAUAACGGCACGAGCCAGAGGGAGGCCAAAGUAGUUGAAACCAAGUCUGUGCAUAUUCCAGGACUGCCAUCCAGUCUGACUAUUGAGAGAAUUGAGAAUGAUACGGCUGUCUGCAUCAAUUGCAGAAAUCCAGGCACAUUAACAAUGUGUGACACAUGUUCAGCAAAUUAUCAUAUUUCCUGUCACACAAUUUCACCUCCACCGCCACGUCAGUGUCCAAAAUGUGUGCAGAAGAAGAAAGAAGAGGAGCGAAGUACUCCAAUAAUCAAGAAAGACGAUGAGCUCGCUGCAGCAUCGUAUGCGCCAGGAGUUGCUGGGAAAGCAGGAGAAGACCCAGAAAUCAAUAAAGCGCCUCGUGGACUUCAUAAAAUUGAUGCAACAGUCCAACGACAAGUCCCAUCCAGCGCAAUCAGCCAGCUUCCAACCUCCACCCUCCUCAUCCCCAUUACUCCAAGUCCCCUCACCUCCACCAACCCCCACUCCAAGAUGCCCCCCCUCGCCAUCACCUCCCACGUCACCUACACCCCCCUCGGCAUCAACACCUUCUCCAAUCAUCACCAGGGCAUCACCUACAUCAAAUCCAAUACCACAGCUUCCCAUUCCCCUCAUACAACUGAGCAACAGUACCUCAUUGUCAAAAAGCUGCCAGCCCCCGAGGCUCAGCCGAUCGUACCAAAGAAUAUCUCCAAAAUUGGAAAUAUCAAUGCAGAGCCCUCAAAUCUCGCCCAAUCAUCGCCCUUGCUCUUCGACAAGCUCUCCCGAGGUACCAAGAAGCCCCUCCCAGGACUCAAUCCAAUCAGUUCAUCCUCAAACGACAUGGAAUCAUCGCACAUCACCGAAAAAUCAUGUUCACCAGUAUCGCGUGACAAAUCAGAUGCCAAUUACCCCUUCGCCCCCUCAAAUUCACCAAAUGGAUCAGACUCAGUUAUCGAACCACGUGUCCGUAUUAACGCAGAGUCAGAUCCACCAAUUGCCAUCAUCACCUUCACCCCAUCUAGCCGACAAUCAGAAUCAUCAAACACCUCAACUGCCUCAACUGACACCUCGAAAUCAAGUGAUUUACACAACUCAGUGCUCACAGGCAAUAACAAGUCCGAUAUCAUCGCCAAUUGUAUUGAUGAAUCAUCGAGGCACGAUCUACGGAGACAGACCAGUAUCGCACACAGGCUCGCAAGAAGACUCUCCGAGGAUCGAGCAGCGCAUCACCGAUCUCGACAGUCCACCACCAAGUUCGCCGAAUACUUGAAAUUGGAAGAAGCGCAUUUAUCAGCGCCACUUGCAGCAAACUUAGGGCUGAGAUUUGAGGGCCUGGAGAGGCCCAAAUCGUGCUCGAGUGUUGAGGGAUUGGAGCCCGAUGGGGGCAGAAUUAAACCGAGGAUUCUGAUGAGGGAGAGGAGGAGUCUCGAUUCCCUCGAUAGUGCCAAUGAUCCCAGUAAGGGAGAGGUCAACUGGAGGAAGGGCGAUGACGUGUGGCUGGAGGACAGGCAGAAGAAGGAGAGGAUUCCUGCGGGGAAUGAUAUUGAACUGUUUGAUGAGAGCACUAUGAGCGCCUCAGAAGACGAGAAGACUGGAUUUAGGGAUGAUGAUGAUGACGGGGACAGGGUUUCUAUUGUAUCGUCCAUUGAUAUGCAGGUACUUGAGGACUUUGAAACUGCUCUGAAGCAAAUUGAGGGGGGCACGGGGCAAACUGCCAACUAGGGAAAUUUAAAUCGAGGGUUUUAUCGGAAUUGAACUAACUCAUGCAUUAAUUGGGGUCUUGCCUGAGAAUUUUCAAUGGUGGAUAUAAAAAUAGGAUGAUAAAUAUUAUAUUCGUAUUUUUUUUAUUACAAAAAUAAAAAUAAAUGAGUUGUAGGCAACUCAAAAACUAUGACGUCACAACGUUUAUCUUCGAAUCAUAUUGAUGUGCGGACGGGUUUCUAAUUUUUAUGAAAAUUAAAAAAAAUACGCAUCUACUAUUUCUCAACGAAUUUUUGUAUUUCAUCAACUUUUUCAAUGAAAAAAUAAUGCAACAGCCCAAUUGAAGAAUUCACUUCACUAUUUCAUUUCAGAAGUUGAAGAAAAUAUGUCUUGUCUAGAUAGGUUUCGAAGUUUAAUUCAAUUUUAAGGAAUUUAAAAUUUCUUAUUCGUUGAUCGAAAACAGCUCUGGCAAUUUCCUUUUUCAUUUACAAGGAGAAAAUUUCAUACUCUUACAAUGUGAAGUUAUGAAGACGAAUAUUCUCUGGUGUUUCUUAAGUUUUAGAACGAUUGCUUAUGGUUUAAAAUCAUUUAGGAAUAUUUUUGAGUUGGGAAUGACAGAUAAGGACUUAUUCUGCUGUUGAAAAGUAUUAUUUUUUUAGAUUCAUGAAGAAAAGAGCCUUUUUUCGUUCUCUAAAUUUGUUGAAUCGCUAGAGCAAUUGAUCUUUUGAGUUUGUCUUUGGGAAAUUGUUGAUUUGAAGGGGAUAUUCGAGGUUGCGAAUCUAUUGCGGGUGAUAAUGAUUAGUGUGUGGGUUAUAAGGCUCUAAGUUGAUUGGAAUUUAUUACUUAAAUUGUUUACUUCUGACGAGUAAAUUGUGUCCACUAAUAGUGUACAUUCUAUUAGUGAAAUUUUUGAAGUAUACGAAUUUAAAAAACUCAACCGAACAAAAUUAAGGAUAAAAACACGCACAUAUCGUGGAAUUAGAUAAAAAGGAGAUUUUUUUUGCGUUUCGUACGAGCAAAAAUUGAAAGCGGAAAUGAGAUCGUGAAGAGAGAGAGAGAGAAAAGAAAAACCACCCAAGCCAUAUUACCAUUACUGCCUUAAUAGUCGAUUAAUUACGGUCCUUGAAUAUUUUUUAGCCAAAUUACACCUAUUAAUUUAUUACUGAUAAAAAUUCAUUAAUGGUGGGCAAGAGAUCCACGUUUUCUCAGAUAUCAACGAUCGACAUUUAAUCUCGGCAGAGUAUUAAUAAAUUAAGCCGAAUUGUGUAUUGUAAAUAUUAAAAUUGAGCAUAAGAUUAAACGAUUAUUUUUAAUAGCCAAAUUUAAACUGCGAUGAAUCAAUAAUUCAAUUCAUCGAAGCUAUGUGAAAAUUUCCUGAUUGAACUCUGAUUAAUCAAUCAUCAUUUAAAGACAAUGUUUUUUUUCACGUUUUCUUUCGUUUAUUGAACAAUACUCGAGAGUAAUUCACUGUACAGAGGAGUCAAUAAUCCUUUGAUCAAUUUAGGAAUUUGUUAUGACUAGAGAAAUUCAAAAUUCAUAUUUUUAUGAGAAAAUAAAUCAUUUAAAAAAAUCA